AAAACAUCCUACAGACUCACUUGCUUAACAGAGUGCUUGUAAAACCCUUGGGCUUCUCUUGGGAGCUUCUCGCAUUCCCUCAGAAGAAAUCGGCCCGACAUAAAAAUUUGCACAGAACUCCACAGUCUGCCUCUAGGCUUAGUCUGGAUAAAAGAAGAUGCACUUCUAGUUUCUGCAUGUUCCUGUGAUAAAUUAGACUCCCGGUGUGGAUAUGCAAAGUGUACUUUGUAUUUUCUACAUUGUAAGAUGAAUCGGUCAUAGGAUGUGGCAAGCCUGUCGAUAUUUUUCGCGUAUUUUGCCAUCAUACAGGACUGAGACAUAUGUCCAAAUUAUGUGCAGUUUACACGGUAAUCCCUUGGAUUACCACACUGCUGGUUUAAUAGUUAUCGGGGAUGAGAUAUUAAAGGCACAGGUGAAGGAUACAAAUUCCGCCUUCAUGUGCAAAUUGCUCUACGACUGCGGAGUUAAAGUGAAGAAAAUUUCUGUUAUAAGUGACAACGUUCAGGAGAUAACAAACGAAAUUAGCCAUUUUUCACAAAAGUAUACCUAUGUUGUUACUUCAGGUGGCAUAGGACCUACUCAUGAUGACGUUACAUACGAAGCUCUCGGCAAAGCCUUUGACAGUUCUUUCCAUUACCACCCAACAUUGGUGGACAUUGUCAAGGAAGAAUUCAAGAUCCAAGACAGGUCCUCACCGGCAUUCAAAAUAGCCUACGUAAGUGAAAGUUUAUUCCUCAAAGAAUCCGCUAAAAUAACCAACAUCAAAAUAAAAUUAUACCAAUUAAUUAUCCACGUUUCUCAGAUCCCAAAAGACGCAGAGCUAAAAUUUGGACAUAGUCUAAAAACAGGGAAAAAACUGAGGUUUCCCUGUGUGACUCUUAAAAAUGUAUACGUAUUCCCUGGGUCACCAUGGUUCUUCGAGGAAUCCUUUGGCAGCUUGUACAAAGAACUCUUUGGAACGAACAGACACUUCGUUAAAAAGGAGAUAUUCCUCAACGCAGCGGAGGAGACUUUCGCAGAUGCAUUAACAGAAGUAUCGAAGGAGUUCCCACAAGUAACCUUCGGCUCUUACCCAGAAACUGCUCAGUGUUACUACAAAGUACGAGUCACUGUCGAGAGCGACAACAUAUCAGACACGAUGCAAGCAACAGAGCGAUUCUGCAGUCUCGCUCCUACGAGAGCAGUCGUGGAUUAUGACCGAGCUCCUGAAGAGGACCCUGUGGCGAAAUAUCAACGCUUCAGUAAAAACCAUCCAGGGAAAUUCUACGACGACACUGUCCAAUUGCUCGAGGGCUUCUACAAGGAACCAAAGAAAGUGGCAAUCCUCAUUGGCAGCAGUAUAAAAUCUACAGUGUUGCUGCACUUGGCCCAUAUCGCGCUGCAUCGGCUGCAGAGUGAUGCAAAACUGCAAGUCGUAUAUCGAAAACCUGAAGAGGUUUUCCCAGAGAUCGAAGAGUUUGUCAAAAACCUGAUAGAUAGAUAUGGAACGGAGUUGACGAUCCUUGAGACAAACUCCGAGGAGCUCGUGGACAAACUAGCAUUGGCUAAACCGGAGGUGAAGAUUCUGCUGGUCGGAUCAAAGACCUCUGAAUUUGGUGCCGAGCCUUUUAAGGAUAUCAUUAAGUCUACUUUGACAGGACCGAUCGAAAUCAAAUAUCCCUUGGCAAAUUGGAGCGUGGACCAUGUCUGGACAAUCGCUAGAGCGCUAUCCUUGCCUUACUGCCGACUCUAUGAUGAAGGGUUGUGAUUUUUUCCUUUUCCCUUUUGUACUCACUUUCUGGAUUUCACGAUUAACAUAGAGCACAGACAACAGCCGAUAAAUAGAAAAAUCAGAACCUGCUAACCAUACCGCUCAUGGACAAUAUAUCUUCUUCAUCAUACUACCUCAA